AUGGCGGUAGGAAAGGAAGGAAAUGUCAAAUGGGUUGAUGGCCUCCGUGGCAUCGCCUCAACGCUGGUCGUCAUCAAGCACAUCACUUGUGCCUUUUUCCCAUACCUGUUAUGGCCCGCCCCAAGCGAGGAGGAGGACCCCGUCAUGCUCGAACGGCCCUACCUCCGCGUCCUAAUCCAGGGUCGUAUCGGUGUAGCAAUCUUCUCUUUUGUCACAGGUUAUGUGUGUGCCCUUAAGCCUGUCAGGAACUUCAGAGCCGGCAACCAGAACUCCUCCUUCAACUCCAUCAGCAGGUCAGCCCUCCGCCGUGUGCCUCGCCUGGUAUUGCCCGUCCUCAUUAUCCUCACCGCGAGCUGCUUCGCCACCCAACUCGGCGCAUUCGAGACCGCAAAGCACUGCGACGGAGCAGGCCUUCCCGAAACUAGCCCCAACAAGCGCGACAGCUGGCUCGAGGCCAUCGUUGCUCUUCUCUCGGAUAUGGUCAGGGUUUGGUCUCACGGCCAGAGCGAGUACGGAGCUGAGCUGUGGACCAUGAUGCCCAUUCUGAAGGGUGCCUUCUGGGUCUUUAUUUACCUCAUGGCCACCGCACACGUUCAGACUAGAUAUCGGAUGAUGAUCGCCCUGGGCCUGACUUGGUUCCGCGCCGCCUCCAACGACCCCUUCUUCGGCAUGCAGUUCUUCUUCGGCGCCUUCAUGGCCGACUUGCAGCAGCUGCCCGAGGGCUCCGGCCCCGCCUGGACCUCCUUCCUCUCGCAGAAGUCCGGCCUGGCUGGUGUGCGCAUGCUUCUCUCCGCCUUCUUCCUCGUCACCGGCCUCUUUAUCGCAUCUCUGCCCGACGCCCACUUUGAGUGGCAGCCCUGGUCGCAGUCCCUCGUCGACUUCAUGCUGUCCAUCCUCCCCCGCAACCCGGAUCUCCCACGAUUCUCCUCCGGCCUUGGUCUCGACCUCAUUGUCAUGUCCAUCCACUUCUCACCGACCGUCCGAAACGUCCUCGCGAGCAGGCCGUUCCUGUUCUUCGGCAAGGUUUCCUUCGCCGUCUAUCUGCUGCACAACCAGUUCCUCCGAUCUGUGCUCUGCUGGAUGGUCUACGGUUUCGCAAUCCCCGAGCCCGUGCAGGACGAGGCUACGGGUGAGUGGAUGCCUGGCCCGCCGCUCGAGUUCCCUGGUGCUGCAAGGCUGUUCGCCGUCUUGCCCAUUUACUUCGCCCUCAUCUAUGGCGCGGGCUACCUUUGGAUCGAGUACGUGGACUCUUGGUGCGCGCGGGUCACAGAGCGUGUCUGUGGCUCGAUCAAGGAGGAGACGGACGAGAAGUCUGGACCAUCAUUGUUGCCAGUUUCCAACCAAGAGCGUCAGUGA